GGGAAGGCGCCUGUGGGCUGCCGGGAGCCGGGGCAGGCGGGAGGCGGGAGGGGAAGGCGGGCCGGUUUCCUUUAGUUCCCUCCGCAGGUUUUACGAACAGAACUUCACUUCUACCGGUUUUCUCUAGCGGCUCCCGUUUCUAGAUCAGGUUGGGUGAUGUAACUUUAUGCCCCUUUGUUACCUCAGUCCUGUGUAUGUCUAGAAAAAGAGAAUUCGGGAGAACGGUGCAGAGCACAUGGGAAGGAAAAGUGGGGAAAAGGUCCUUGGAACAGCCGCGGGCGUGCAGACAUCACUCGUCCUAAGACAGUAACGCUCUGAAAAAUGCUGAGAAGUCUGAAAGGUCUUGUCCACCAUCCUCUCUGGCUGGACCAUGGGUAUGCCCUCCAUACGGCAGCCAAGGAUUGCUUAAGUUCCGUGGUCAGCCAGGAUGUCCAAACACUGUCAGAAAGACCAAGAGGAGUUUUCUAUACCAGUGAGAACGACCCGGCCAAGCACACCGGGCAGCAUGAGGGCCGCCACUACAGCAUUCCGCUCGAGGAGGUGAAAGCUGUGUUUCCACACGGGCUGCCCUAUCGGUUCCAGCAGCAGGUACUUUGUCUGGGAACACACCCCGUACCACCCAACUCAUAUAAUUAUUUUUACUUUAAAAAAAAUACAAAACAAACUUUUAUUUUGCUUACAGCUCAUCUCUGGGUGAAAAACUGCAGGGAGCUCAUGAAGUCUUCCUACAAGGAAGAAAGGCUCGAUCAGCCUUUGCAAGCAUCUGUCUGGCUCAAGAACUUCAAAGCCUCCAAUGAACGCUUCCUAAAAGAGAUAAAAACACAAAAAACAUACGUGUGGGGCAAACAAGAAAGUACUGAGGAGGGCAGACCACUGGGGGAAGUGGUGGAGCAGGGUUUAGCUCGCACGAGAAAUGCCAGCGAUGCUGUGGGGGUCGUGCUGAAAGAGCUAAAGCAGCAGUGUCAGCGCGGCUCCUUCCGACUCCUCGUGGCAGUGGACGGCGUUAACGCGCUCUGGGGAAGGACCACGCUCAAGAGGGAGGACAAAAGCCCCGUUUCUCCAGAGGACCUGACGCUCGUGUACAAUCUCAGGAAGAUGAUGAUGAAUAAUUGGAACGGAGGAGCUAUUGUGACAACUCUCAGCCAGACCGGCUCUCUCUUCAAACCCAGUUCUGCUUAUUUGCCCCAGGAGUUGCUGGGAAAGGAGGGGUUCGACGCCCUGGACCCCUUCGUCCCCAUCCCAGUCCCCAACUACAGCCCGAGGGAGUUCGAGAGCUGCUACCACUACUACCUGGACUGCAAGUGGCUGCAGCACGAGCAAGCGCGCACGGAGGCCGGGAAGGAGGAGCUGCGGUUCCUGAGCGGCUCCAACCCGCGGCAGCUGGAGCGCCUGGCGGGGCCCCUCUAGCGCAAUAAAGGCCGGAGCGGCGGCGGGUCCCUC